AACAUUAUUUACGGUAAGGAUUUAGCGAGACAUGACUGGGAAUGUUUCAUUGUAUGCCUAUUUGUCCUACAUAUUUCAUGCGUCGUAGACUUUAUGUGUCAAAAUGUGACCAUGUGUGUAUGAUUUAGCUUUUACCAAGAAAAAAAAACAUUUUGGUAAGGAAAUAAGUUAGGUAAGUAAGGUAAUCACGAGAAACACUUAAAAACACUCAACUGCCCCAGGCGAUUACGUGGACACACAGACACUUAAACUUAGAUCCUACAACAUCAUGUAACCUUGUUGCUUGUUUAGCUGUAAAAAAAAAAAAAAAGCCGUAGACUGGGGCAUCAGACGUUAAAGAGUUUAUUUAUUCGUAACCCCACUUUGCCCUACUUUUAAAGUGUUUUUCACUCAUGUAUACUUUGUGGUAUUAGCUUACACGCUUUGGUGUUUUGGAGGGGGGGAUGUUUGUUGGGGCGAUGUUUCUUUAAGAAAUAGCCCCCCACUCAAGCACUUGAGUGUGUCUCGGCAGUCAGGAUAGUCGGUUUGAACUUCCGAGGAAGUAAUGGGACUUCAUGAAAGGGACAAUGGGGGGAAAGUUGACUUGAUAAAACAAGUUUCUUAUUAUUACAUGUUGUGUCGUGUCGAAACAUUUGUAAAGGCUUCUCGCGUCUUAAAUUUGGGAACACUUGGAUUUUUAUGUUUGGAUUUUGUCAGAACUCUACACAAAAGGGUGCUAUUCAACACUUUAAAACGAUCGGGAACGGCUGUGGCAGACUUCUUUAAGAUUUCCAUUAUACCUUUGUGUUUUCUUGUUAAAGAGAACACGCAUUCCGAAGAUAUGUUUUGUAGCUGUGUUAAAUGAGUUUGCUGGAAUUCCCCAGAGGUUUUGGAAUGUACGCGCGACAGAGUUUGUCAGCCCUACUGAAGAUUUUGGUCCUUAUUUUUACAUUAUUUUUAGCCGUAGGUAUUUGUUCAGACCUUAAAGUAUUAGUUCGUUUGAGUGAUGGACAAAUUACAGAGGAAACUCUGGAGGCGGACAGUGAGAGGGAUGUUAUCACUGUGGAAUUCAAGCAAGGAGAUGGUACUCUUAUAACAGUGUUGGCUGACUUUAAGCGGCAUGUGAAGAUCUUCCGUGCACUAGUUCUCGGGGAGCCGGAGCGUGGCCAGACACAGUACCAGGCCCUGUGCUUCAUCACACACCUGGAUGCCCGAGAGUUCAUCCCCAUCGAGUCCAUGGCGAGGCUCCGACAGAAAAAUCCCCACGUGGUGCGCUCGGCCGACGAGAGCCGGGGCCUGGAGCAGCUCAGCAUGGACGUGGCCAUCAACCUGACGCAGGCCUGGCACCUGAGCGCCCACAUCCGUAAUGUCUGCGGAGAGGCCCAGCAGGCCUACGCCAGCCAGGCUGAUGUGACCCACUGGUCCAGUAGAGGACUAGAGAGGUCCAUGUUUGAGGUUCAGCCAAAGAGCCCAGACGUCCCCGCUCCUUCGGCGUGCUCGGCGGCCACGGGCCUGUGGCAGCCCUGCCUGUGCACCUAUCACCUGCGUCUGGAGUGGUACCCCUGCCUGCUGAAGUACUGCCGCGGCAGAGGCCCCAGCCCUUACAAGUGCGGCAUCAAGAGCUGCAGCAAAAGCUACCGCUUCAGCUUCUACACGCCACACAGACAGCUGUGCCUUUGGGACGAGGAAGAGUAGAAGCGCCCCGCCACGGAGCGCAGUGCGUAGUCACAUGCACAUGUGUUUACAUGCCAAGUUUUUAAGCUGAGGUGUUCUCCUCCUCGCGAGCCGGUGAGAUAUUUUUUGCAUCUCUGAACAUCAAAGGCGUGCCUUUCUGAUACCAUGUGAGCAAACCAAACCAGAGGAACUGGAAGACAGUUUCAUGUGGCCACAUCACAUCCGUGUUAAGUGAUAAUUAGUGUUCAGUGAACAAUGAUCAAGUGACCACAAUGGUCCUAAAGUAACAUGCUGGAUGCCUUGACCCCAGAGGAGAAGAGUAUUAUGUGCUGGUCUCUUAGUUUGACUUCCUACAUAUGCAGUUUUUUAUUGUUAUUGUAUUAUUUAUAAAAAACAGUAACUGGUUAGGAAUCCGUGACCCUAAAAAUAUAUAUCUUUAUACUGUAGCACUAAAAAACGGGCUUAGAAUAUCUGACUGGAAGCAUCAUUAGUAGCUACACUCACCGCCAACCUGUACCUCAUAUUUUGAAAGUACAAUGGAGUACAAAUUUCUGCUUUUCAGUUUUCUAAUGAUCAUAUUUUGCAUUGGGUUUAGUCACCACCACACCAGCUAUUGUUCAGUCUUGUCUUCCACUUGUACAUUUAAUGUGGUGGGCGAUCAGUAUGACAUGGUAGGCUUUAAAGGUACAGUAUGUAAGAUUUAGAGACCAACCAACCAACCAACCAACCAACUGAAUACUUCUCCAAGCAUGUAGGAGAAGCUACGGUGGCCGUCAGGUGCCAUAAAGACGCGAAAGGCCCUCUCUAGUGCCAGUGUGUUGGUUUGUCCACCCUGGGCUACUGUAGAAACAUGGCGGCAACAUGCAGGACUCCUUGGACAAGAACCCGCUCGUAGAUAUGAAAGGCUCAUUCUAAGAUAACCAAAACACAACAAUUCAUAGUUACAGGUGAUUAUGAACACUAAUGAAAACAUAAUUGUGAAUACUUUAUUCAGUUUCUCCUAGUAGAUUACCUUUAAUCCUACAUACCGCACCUUUAAGCCUCUCAGUGUAUUAAGGAUACUCUCAGUGCCUUCCUCCCAGGUGUCACGUUCCCCUCAUUUAUUGAAUUGUGUUUUUCCUUCAGCUGAUCUUAUUAUGCUGGGUAUUACGGAGUUGGAAGGCUGAGUUAGGCGUGUCUCUCUCGUUAAAUGUUAAUUAAGUGUUAUUUUGAUAAAAUGUUUUCCUUUGCAAAGAUUAUUGAUUGAGAUUAUUCAUGCCAGUUAAAAAUGCUACAUACUCCAGACUUAGGUUCUAGACCUAGGUGUCUAUGUUCAGGAAACCAUCCCUCAAUGGGGUGUUUUUGUAUUGCACCAUAUACAGCACACAUUGGACUGUUGUGUCAACACUCACAGACAGAAUUUCACUUUUCUGCUAUGGUAUUUGGGAUUUUUUUACAGAGAUUGAGGGUUCUCUCUGCAUUAAUGUUUGAAUGCCCUGUUGUCAUUAUUACUGGUGACAGAAUUCUCCAUUAAUUACAUGAAACUGAUGCUAAUAUAACUGUGAACUGACACAAGCCAAAUAUGGUCCAAGUUGCAACAUAUGUAGAGUAUUGUGAUAUAAAUCUUUAACUAUUUUUGUACAGCUGAAUCUAAGGGUAAUACUUGCAUUUGUGAUGGUGAAAUAAAAUGCUGUUCUUACAAGAA